GUACGAACACAAGUAAUAGAAAAGCUGACAGGAUCGCUUUUCUAAAUUUGUUGCAACAAUCAGUUUCUCCUUAUUAUUAUUAUCCCAAUGGAAUCGUGUGAUGUCUUAGCCUUUAGCUGAAUGCUGAAUGGUUCCUUGAACGACUGUAAGAAUUCGAUUAAAUGCACGCCAUCGUACUAGUAUCGCAAUCUGUCUAAUGGAGUAAUGAUACGAAAACUCUCACUGACACGACCUGUCUCGAAGCUGUGCAACCGAUUUUCUAGAUGUAGAAGCGACCGCAUCACCUGCUAUUUUCCUCUUGCCAGAAUAAAAUCGGUCUGUGCCAACGUCUUGUCCGUCUUCCAAUCUUCUGUAUUUGUCAUCCUGGUGAUAGUCGCCUACAGCAUGACGACGGCAGAGUCAACCUACGUGGACAGACGGAUACAGCUGCUCGCAACAGACUGUGAUAGGAUGCAGUUGGUAAAGGUCCGGGAGCUGCUGUCACGUGUUGCCUUGAAGGGCGUAGUUACUGAUGAUCGGUUUGAAAUGCUUCCGUCUAGCUGUCAAUCGAGACUUUUAAGUUUACUACCCGCAGUAGACCAUCUUUACACGGACGACUAUGGCAUGCCUAUCAAUAGAUUGAGUGAUUCGGCACUGUCAAACAAGUUUAUGGAAUCUGCAUGCAGCAAAUGGGAAAAGCAUUUCCAAGAAGCUACGAACCCGACUCGGAAAACCGUCCCCGACAUACAUCCCUUACACUGGAGAAGGGAUGACCAAGAAUCUUUAGCCUACCAGCUAGCACCAUCGAAUUGCAGCCAGUGGGACGCCGUCAGCAUCAGUACAUCUGCUCCAACUGGUCAUCAUGGCAUCACCAGUGGUGUUUCACACCAGCAGCAGAGCAUCGAGUAUAGUAGUCCCCUGGAGUAUAGUAAUCCCCUCGAGUAUCUGGUGAAGGCGUGUGCAGAGGUUGAUAAGGCGCCCUGUGCAACGACGGAUGGUGCGUCUGCAACGUUACCAGUUUCUACUUCUGUCUUUACUCCAUCCGUGGUCAACGUUGGGUCGCUGGUUUCUGCAGCAGCUCUUCCAACUCCUGCCAGUGUGCCUAAUGUGGAUGUGUUGAGUUCGGCCGCCGCUGCCACCGCCGCCGGCGGUGCAGACUAUCCUGGCUCUAGUGCACACGACUAUGUAGAAGACGUGCCUGUGCGGCGGAAACGUGGUGGCGCAGGCCGCAGGACAUCUCGCACUGAAGCACAGGCCGCGUCGGGCACGUCGGCACGCACCGGCGGCUUGCGCAAGGAUGAAGCCAGCGGUAUACCUGUGCGGAAGACCGGAGCCACGCAGUUAAUGAAAGCGGCACCGAAUGCGAAAAUUCCCUUGCGCAACAACAACCGCUUUCCUACAUGUAUGACGCCGGUCCAAUUCUUUGAUAGCAACUUUCCGGAUGUUGCAGAAGGCAAUUCGUACACUGUCGUGUCGAAUAGCUUUGAUCACGCGUACCUGCCAGCUUCCAGCAAUGUUUCCCUAGUCCAUGUGCACAGCCGGGGAUUCUCCGAUGAGCACUGCUAUGCGCAGCCUGCGUCGCAGCAGUCAUCAAACUCUUCACACCCCCGUCCACGCCGAUCCUUGGCUGACCUGACUGCUCUACCCAGCCUGAGUCUUUCUUCCUCUGCUCCGCAGUUGAGAGACCCAAUGUCUUUCAGCUUGCAGUCGCUGCCUUUGCAGCCAGUCGCUAUUGAAGAUGCCAAUAUAGUGUCACAGUGUUCAUCUCAUUCUGCCCCUGAUCUUAGCCUGCAGCCGAGGACCUAUCCGGAUAUGAGUUCAUACAGUAGCACGCUGAGCCUGAACCUGUUGGCUGCCACCGCCAAUCCCAACCCAAUCACACCUGUUGCUGCUUCUGCUGCUGCUGCAAGUGUAUCUGAUUACGAUGAAGCGGUGUACGGUGGCGGCAGCUCACUCUGAAGUGCUUGCUAUCAGGUGGUGUGUCUUAUCGCUGAUUUUGCGCACGGCGGCCGUUGUCUCUCAAGCUCCAUGUACAUGCGCCCUGGCUUCAUCAUUGUGUACAUCAGGUAUCGCAAAACAAAACAAAAGGUUUAUACGUGCACAUUGUAUCCAUAAGCUCUAUAUGCAAUUCUAUUAAACUUCCCUUCUGCGACUGCUUCGUAUCGGAUAUGUAGAUUUGAAGGUUUUUAUCUAGGUCUUUUCCCAUUUUUAGCAUUUUGGAAUUCUACUCCCCCCCCCCCCUUCCCAUUGUAUUUUUUUGUAGUAUGGCAUUAGUGUCUUCUACUUCACUGGCUGUUUCUUUCGGUGCACACUCCUCUAUUUUUACUGUCCGUUGCACCGCUUGGAUAUCGUUUAGAGCAGCCCUUGUUUCUCCUCCUCCGUCUCGCCAUAUUUUACAACACUACUCGCUGUCCAAUCUGAACCCAAAUCUGUAGCUUAUUUUUACUCACUGUUUGUGGAGGUGCACACUGUGUAUAAUCCCGAUUUGUAUCACACAGAGUUGCUCUUUCUGUUCUCCUCUGCUUUGCUGGGUGCUUGUCAGACAAUGCUAUUUGUGGGCAUUUUGCCGAUCAUUUUCUAUUGAGACACUAUAAUUGACCAUCAUGCAACGAAAUUUACACACCCACA